AUGGCGGAUACCAAACCUCUUUAUGCACCCCUCUCCACAAUCCGUCUCUUCAGACUUAGCAAUGGUCCAUCCAAGCCAGCAGGCGAACUCGUGGCCUUUGCUCUGGACUACACCUCCUGCCCGCCAUUCGUAGCACUAUCCUACACCUGGGGUCAAACCAUGGAUCCCAAAAGCAUCAACAUCAACGGCCACCGUUUUGAAGUCCUCGCUGAUCUCUACCGAUUCUUGAACAUUCUGCCCCAGUUGGAGGAAUUCUCGGCGCAGACGUGGUGGUGGAUCGAUUCGAUUUGUAUUAACCAAGCAGACGAGAAAGAGAAGAGUGAACAGAUGGCGAUUAUGGGAAGGAUUUAUGAGAAGGCGUCUAAAACCGUUGUGUGGUUAGGCGAGGAGGGUGAUUGCGGGGGUGCUGUUGAUGGCCUACGUCGUCUAUGCAAAGAGAUGGACAAGGCGACUCGCAAGGAUAACUCGAUGGACAAAGAAAAGCUGCGUGAAAUGAGAGGUGAGAAAAAGGGCAUUAAUUGGAAGGCUAUUGAGCGGCUGCUAUUGAGGCCCUGGUGGCGUCGUGUAUGGACGUUGCAGGAAUUCUUGAUCAGCAAACGAAUAUCAUUCUUUUGCGGGAAGAAGAGUAUUUCCAGACGAGACUUCCAGGAUGCGAUUCUCGCUACGUGGGUUUGUAAGGUUUGGAAUGGCCUCAUGGACACCAAGGCGUUUUAUGCAGGUUGGAACCGUCGCCGUAUGAAUCAAUGGUAUUCGCAAAGGCCGCACGAGAUGAGUCUUGUUGCCAUGAUGGCUUAUGUUGGUGAUAGUGGGGCAACUGAUGAACGGGAUCGGGUCUACUCUCUUCUCGGGGUUGCGAAAGACUCUGAUUUGAUCGGGACACUUGAUCCCAAAUCCACCGUAUACGAUGUGUACAGUGAGCUUGUCGGGUCCUUUAUUUCCAAGUAUAAGAGCUUGGAUAUCAUUUGCUAUGCCCAUCUCUUCAAUUAUUCUGCCAGGAAGUCCAAGGAUAAUAAGACACUUCCUUCUUGGGUUCCAGAUUGGAGGGCAUCUGUCGAGGGCAAAGUCAUACCUGUCAUGGCUUGCCAGGGCUCAAGUCCAGGGACUGGAAACUUCCGUCCGGCAUGGGUUACUGAGUCUGAAGCAAUAUACAAAGCUUCCGGAAACAAGUCUCCGCGGUACAGUAUUUCAAAGGACGCCAGAGUAUUGACGUGUACCGGCGUAGUUCUGGACAAGAUUGAUGGCCUGGGGGGUUCCAAGUACGAGGAUGCCGGCGAAAUCAACGAGACUAAGAAUGAGCUGCCUUUAGAACAAUCAACUUCUGAGCAAAGUAUCCAGUUGGAUGGUAAAGCCGCUUCAACGUCUGGCCUUAUGAAAAUAAUUUCCCGUUGUCUUGCUCUGGAUCGCAAGGACCGAUACCUAGCAGAACAUCUAGCGCCAGGUCUCUUUCGAAAGGAUUUUGAAAUAUUCUGCAAGGCAUAUUUAGAGCAUGGCGCAGACGAAAGAAUUCCUACAUAUUUUCGCGAAUGGUUGGAGAGGAACAAAAUGCUUCUCCUCAGAGGUCGGACGUUGGGAGAGCAUUGCCGAGAUGCGACACUGUAUACUCCAACAGCCAAAUGGGAAGAAUUCUGCGACGGGCCUCUCAAGUAUUUCAAUGGGCGGGUCGAGGAUACUGUAGUGACAAUGGCGAGGAGGCUUGCUGUUACGGAAGAGGGACACCUUGGCAUGGCUGCCAGCCGAGCGACUCGGGGAGAUUUGAUUUGUGUUUUGUAUGGGUGCAGCAUUCCAGUAUUGCUACGAGAACAGAAAGAUGGUACCUGCGAACUGAUUGGGGAAUGUUAUCUUGAUGGAUUCAUGAAUGGAGAGGCACUAACCAACGCUAGCGGACUAACUGAAGUAGAUUUUCAGAUUGCAUAA